AUGAAAAUGUGUUCGAAAGUUGUGAUCCUCGCACUGUCUCUCUGUACAACUCUAGGUAUACAAAACUUCUUAAGUAAUGCAUAAUAAUUUUGCAAGUUUCUCCUUUUUUUACAUGUUUUUGUUUUCAUUUUUGUUGUUGCCUGUAGCGUAUCCAAUCCAUCGGGACACAAGGGACGUGACAUGGACUGAUCCAAGAGUCAACCAGGCCAACGACAAGACAGAACUCCUGAAGGAUGUAGAGUAAGUCCGCUGCAUCAACACACUCAAAUACAUUUUCAUGAGGAGUUUAUGUCAACACACCCUCUAAAGUUCGUUCCCUCAUCCUCAGAAUAACCUACAAGAGUCACAUAGACAGCAGCAGCCUGUACAACCAAGACAAUCAGCACAAACACCCUGUUGCAGAGGAGAUGCAACAGAAACUCAACAUGGAGUCCGAGCGUCUGCGCGCCCGCCUGCGCCAAGAGCUGGCAGAGCUGCGGGAGAGGUUGUCCCCAUCUCCAAGCCAGCUCGACUUCACUUUGGCCAGCAUGAGGGAGCGCCUAGCCCCCCUGACUCAGCAGCUCCAGAGCUCUCUGAGCAGCAACACUCAAGAUCUGUGUGGCCAGCUGAGCCUCUACCUGCAGGGCCUGGAGACAGCCGAGGUCCAAGCAGGUGAGGCAAGUCCAACUCUCCACCAGGAAGCCUUCCACUGGAUGAGCCAAACUCUGGAGCUCAGCAGUUCAAAGGUGUCUGAAAUCAUAAGUGACUUUCAGGGGAAAGCAGUCAGCGCGAUUGAACAUCUGAAGGAGGAGAGGUCCGAGCUGUGGCAGGAAAUGAGCUCCAGGUUGGGACAGGAAGUGAGUUCCCUAAGAAAGGAGGCACAGACUAGAGUUAGCGCUCUGAAAACUGAGCUGGAUUCUCUUUUGGAAACUUCAAAUCCACGCAAGACAGAAGUGACAGCCAGUCUGGAGCUUUUCUGCCAGAAUGCAGCCCUGCAGAGUGAAGUGUUUCAGGCGCGCAUGGAGAGGCUGUUUCAGGGGCUGGAGGAGGACCUGCAGAUGGAGGGGGCCUCCAGUGUGUCUUCCUCUUCCUCUCUCUCCUUGUCUGGCAGCUCUUUACAGGAAGACUUCUCAGUGAAACUGUCUGCUUUGAUCCAAGACAUUCUGCACUCAGUGUAG